AUGGGUUUGUGGACACUUCUCGAGGGUUUUAUGCUUAUUCCAAAUGCUCUCACUGUACUAAAUGAAGAUCGAUUUCUUAGUCCUAGAGGAUGGAGCUUUGAGGAAUAUUCUGGGGUCAAGAGAAAUUCAUUCAAUGGGAAAAUUCUUGGACUUAUUUAUGCAGCACAGUAUCUAAGAGUUAUUCUAAUACUCCUUAACACCUUAUUCAUUGUUAUAAAGUUGGUAUCCGGAUGA